UCUCUCAAGUAACUCCAGCAUUCAGAUGUGUGACGACGACGACUGCGAUCGGAAGUGAAAAGGCAAAAGGCGCGCGCGAAUUUUUUUUGCUGUCGGGGGUGUUGCUCUGCAAAAUCUUGGAAAGAAGAGGGACAGGCUUCAAUUUUCCUUAUUUUAUCUCGUUUCGCCAAUUUGUAAUUGUCCGACUGUUGUCAUGCGUUCAGAUUGCUGCUCUGUGGGAAGACCAUUGUGAAGUUCGCGGUUCGCGGAAGCUUUUUUAUCACUAGUUUUUAGUGGAUAGUAAAUUAACGGAGGAAGCAUUUAAGAUUGCAUUUUUAACAUGUUUCCAUAGUGAGAACCGACCCAUCGGCUGUGCAAAGUGCUCCCAUAUUCGGUGGAGAGAUGUCCAUGUUGUUGGGGAUAGCCAGUGAGAAGAAAAUUGUGUAGGAAUAUGACCAUAACCCGCUCACUUCACAUCUAGAUGGACGUGGUGUGUAUUGCAUUCUCUGUGGCCGAUUCGUAACCUGAUUCACCUCCACACCGGAAGAGAGUGGGCGAUAAAAAAACACAUGCCUGUGUUGAAGUUUAAGAAUCCACGUCGUGGUCCAACCUUUGUUUGAAUAGUAUGAAAAAUCGUUAAUUUUGUGCUAUAUUGUUUCCGAAAAAAUAUGCGAGCCAUGUGAGUAGCUGGAUUUAAGCAUCAGUGGUGUUCAGAAGUGUCAACAAUAACAGUUCCAAUUGGAAACAAUAUAUUUUUACAAUCGGAAUACAAAGAUUAUGUGGUUGGCGCAGCAGCCCAAAGCAAAUCAUUGAAGUGAAUUCAACAGAAGCAUAAGCCCGUCGUGGGUUAUGAAUGUUUUCGGAUAACUUAACUCACACUGAUGCGCCGCGCGUUUAUUAUGCUUCCCUCUUUUGCAUCAAAUUUGAACACUUCGUUCCGAGGUUGCCUAUAAAAAUUGGGUACGAUUUGAGUGCAAGUUUGUGUGUGUAGUGGUAGUAAACAAGAAUUCAGUGUUUGUAGAUAUCGUAGUCGUCUGCCGUGAGUUAUUUUACAUUUCCAUCGUUUCUAACAGUAUGCGUGAUAACAAAUGAAAACAAGACUCCUCCGCAAGUUGGGAGUCAAAACAAAAAAGUCUGAAAACGGUGCUGCCUUUUAUUGAUGGUGUGUGCCAACCACCGUCCUUCUAGUGUUCGGAAACAAUCGGGUGACAAAAAAUCCACUAUAACAACACCACACGUAAAAUGGCUUCCCCUGUUAUGAAAACAAAAUUCAUCAAUGUCACAAAAAAUACGCGUGUAGCGUCGACAUAAGACUCAAGCGCCUGACUCACCCACCGCGAGAUUCUCGUUAGCCGGCGUCGCCGCUGGACCAGGAGCAGAGUAAGCAAUCGUGCUUAGAAGCAAAAAACAAAAACGAUUGCAAAACUCAGCAAACAAACAAAACCCACCGUAAAAAUCAACACAUUACGCUACGUUUACACUCCAUUGGAAGUAUCACUCAUUGUCAGGAUUUGCAAGACAAACCUGGCGCCCGCUCAGCUAUGGACGAUGAAAUCCUAAAGACGGUAGAAUCUAUGCUCGGAAGCAACAUUCAAAUAGUGGACUGUGAAAAAACCCAAACAAUCAGGGAAGAAGAAGUACUGCUUAUCAAUGGCGUUCCAGUUACCCUGGAAGGAUCGGACGGAAAUGCGAUCAAAAAAGCACUCAUCGCUGGCGAAAUUCCCUCCUGCGAAAUGCUCAACCAAUUGCUCUUCCGCGCGGGAGUGUUACGCCAGCCUGUGCAGCUGGAAACAUCACUUAGCGUUAAAACUAGCACAGUCACCACCGAAGAUAUUACCAUUGCUCGCAAUGGUCAAAUAUUGGAUGAGCGAUCUUGCGAGACUAAAGAGAACAAUUACUAUACAAGUACUUCGAAUGAAAUUUGGGAACCCGUUAGCAGGCUAAAGAAGAAGAAACAACAGGAAAUCGUUAACGCAGAAACGGUUGACGAUAUGUUGUCCCACCAGCUCAACAAUAAAUUGUACUUAACAACAAAAGAAUCUACUUGCGAAAACGUUCCCACCCACCCAAUUCGCCAAAAUUCUAUUUGUACAGAAUCCUCAACAUCUUCUUCUACUGAAUCAAACUACUCAUCAUCACGACCAGUCAGCAAUGUGUCCAAUAUUUCUUACGACAAUUUUGUAUGUCCGAUCAUUCCCACCCAUUUGGUGGAAGGUCACGUUAAUAAAUCAACCGCCAAAAUAUCGCCAAAUCAGCAUAGUGUUAGCUGUGAUUCUGGACACGACGAGGUUACGCUUACCUCGGUGUACAGCAGUGGCGUUGGGGGAACCCACGAGUGUUAUCCCUUCAACGACAUAUCGAAGACCAACACCAUCAACUCUCUACGGACGGAUUCAUCAUUCGGAUGUGAGCUUUCGCCGCCUCCCUCAUUCCACAGCAGUGACGAGCCAGACUUUGCAAUCAUUCCGCAGAACGGUGGCAGCUCAUCAUCCCCUGCAUCCCACAAGCGACGGCAUCGAUCGACACUUCGGAGCAGGCCCCAAAAACACGUUCCGAAAAAUAAUGACGGCAGCAGCGCCAACAGCAACACAGACGACCCCAGCCUCAAUGACGACAAUUGUCUGGUGUAUCGCGAUGGAACGCUGGUUUCCGGCACGCUGGAAACGCUCAUUAAACAUAUGGUGCCAACGGAUGAAUACUAUCCGGAGCAGUCGUACCUUUUUGCAUUUCUGCUGAACGCACGCCUGUUUAUCAAACCGCACGAGCUACUCCAAAAAAUAUGUGAUAUCUGUCAUCAGCAGCAGCAGCUGGAUCAGCAUCUCAAGAGCAACAGUGCAGCGAACCAGCAAAAGGCACAAUGUCUUAGUCGGUUCGCGUGCAACUUUGUCCAGUUGCUGUCGGAAUGGAUUGAAACGUUCCCGUAUGACUUCCGCGACGAAAGAGUAAUGCAACAUGUACGCACAAUGACACAGAAGUGUAUCAACGUUAACAGCAAACUUCGCACCGAAGUAUCGACCUUGCUUCAAAAUCUUCUACAGCGACUCCGAACGUUGGAAAAAUACGAGGAAUUUCUGGACAAAAUCAACAUCGAAGGUGGUGGCGGCAAGGACAGUGAUAUUAAGCUUGGAGGACAACAACGAACCGAUUCUCGCAAUAGCAGUCAGAGUUUCCAUCAUCAGCCGACCGAAAAAUCGUCUUCUUCCAUCCACUACCAAACCUCUUCGUCUACUUCAUCGGUAAACAGUAUUACGUCGAUCAGCUCAACGCUGUCAACCCCAGACAUCACGGAUCUAUGUCCGAGCCCUUCAGUAUUAGCCCAUCAGUUGACGCAUAUCGAGCUCGAACGGCUGUCCUACAUCGGACCGGAAGAGUUCGUACAAGCGUUUGCCAAAGAGAAUCCCCACGUGGACACCUCGAUCAAGGAUAUGAAGAAGACACGCAACCUGGAAUCGUACGUGCAGUGGUUCAAUCGGCUGUCCUAUAUUGUCGCAACCGAGAUUUGUAAGCACUCGAAGAAGAAGCAACGUGCCAGAGUGAUCGAGUAUUGGAUCGAGACGGCGCGGGAGUCAUUCAACAUCGGUAACUUCAAUACGCUGAUGGCGAUAAUCGCUGGGUUGAACAUGUCUCCGAUUGCUCGGUUGAAGAAAACGUGGGCGAAAAUUCAGUCUGCCAAGUUCUCCAUAUUGGAACAUCAGAUGGAUCCCACCAGCAACUUCAGCAGUUAUCGAUCAACGCUCAAAGCUGCGAUGUGGCGUUCUGAAGGGGCAACUGACGAACGACAGCGAAUCGUCAUUCCAUUCUUCAGUCUACUAGUCAAGGAUCUAUAUUUUCUUAAUGAAGGCUGCACAAACAAACUUCCAAACGGCCACAUAAACUUCGAGAAGUUUUGGCAACUGGCAAAGCAAGUGAACGAAUUCAUUGGCUGGAAGCAGGUCACGUGUCCGUACGAGAAGAACAGCAAAAUCAUCAUGUUCCUACAGACAAACAGUAUUCUCAACGAGAACACGCUCGCGAUGGCAUCGUUCGAUUGUGAACCGCCGGAGAAUAGCAGCGAGAAAGAUCGCUAUAAAACAUUAAAGCACGAGCAGCAGAGCAGCAACUAACUCUCCAAACUGUCCGACAUAUUGAUUUCAGUUCAACCAUAAUGGAAUUCAAUCUGUGAACACUAGUUCCAGAUCUCACUUUCAAGCGACAUAUUGCAACAACACAUACAUAAACUGUUCGUUCUCCGUUUUUUUUUCGGGGGAGGAUUCACUGCAAACACACGAAAACAGAACAUCAUUCACUUGGCACACAGCAUUUAUGGAUAACAGAUUUUUAGAUAUUUUAUACACACACAAUGGAACUCUUUAAGAAUAAGUAAACUUUUAUAUAAUCCAUGUUUACGAAACAUGCAAUGUUUCUACAGGAACAGAAAAAAAGAAUGAUAAACGAAAUUAUUGAAUCAGUAACAAAGAGUGGUACGGGAAAGCGUACAUGUUUUGUACCAAGACAUCUUUUGUAGGUCAUCGUUCCGUUUUUCUUGUUUCACCCAGUGAACACUUAGAAAGCUUUCGCGCGCGUAUUUCAGAAAUAUGGAAGAAGGCUGGCUCAGACUUUAUUUACAGCAAGUUA